AUGAUUUUAAAUAAGAUUCAAAAAAUCAACAAAAUUUUUAAAAACAAUAAUUUUAAAUUUCAACAAUUUACCACUACCACCACCUCAAAAUCUAUUAUAAAUAAAAAUAAUGAUAAUAAUAAUAAUAGUAAUAUUAAAAAUGAAGUAACAAAUAUAAAUGUUUUAAAUGAAUUUUCAUUUAAAGUUGAAAAAGAAAUAAAACAAGGUGAUUUAUUAGCAAGUAAAAGGGAUAUUAAUUCAAUGACACUUUCAAUUAAAACCUAUGAAAAUGGAUUAAGAUUAACAAAAGAUAGAAUUGAAAGAGCUUUAAUUUAUCUUAGAAUUGCAGUGGUAAAAUAUAAACUUGGCUUAAUUAGUGAAUGUAAUGAUCAUUUAAGUAUAUCAAUGAAUUUAAUAUCACAAACAACAUCGAGUGGUGUUGUCAAUGAUGAUAAUGAAAGUAAAAAAGUGAUUGCAAAAAUCUAUACAAUUAAAUCAAUAAUGUUAGAAAAAGAAUUUGAUGAUUUUAAAGAUCAAAACAGUGAAAAGGCACAAACAGUAUUAGAAAGAGCUAUCAAAUCAUGGAAAUUAGUAAUUGAAAAUGAUGAUACAAUACCAGAUGGAUAUUCAGGUGUCGGUAGAUGUUCAUUAAAACUCUUGGAACCAAAUUUACCAUAUUGUUUCAAUUUAGCAGAUAAAUCGAUAAUGUGUGAUCGUAAUCAUAUGCCUUCAUUAUUAUUUGCCAGUGAUAUGUUAAUCAUUCAAAAUAAAUACUCAAUUUCAUACAUUCUAUUAUCAUUAUUCUUUAAAAACUUUAAAACGUUCUAUCAAUCAUCAACCAAUAUCUACUCAUUAAAACCAAAGGAAUUAGCAGACGCAUACUUUAGAUUUGGUUUAGCAGCAUUAAAUUUAAAAAAAUUCGAAUUAUCAAAUCAACAAUUCACUCAAUCAAUUUCAAUUGUUAAUAUUAAUAUUCAACAACAACAAAAUAAUUUUAAAGAUCAAAAGAAUUUAAAAAUAAUUAAUAAUAUUUUAGAAAAACAAAAGAAUGAAUUUGAAAAUAAUUUUAAUUAUUCAAAUUUAAUUAAUAAUAAUAUUAAUAUUAAUAAUAAUAAUAAUAAUAAUAAUAAUAAUAAUAAUAAUGAUGAAGAAGAAAAUGAAAAUAAUAAUAGUAAUAGUAUUACAAGUAUUGAUAAUAGAAUUAAUAAAAUUAAUGAAAACAGUUCAGCAUUGAUUCAAGAGAGUAAAAAUUUUAAUUUAAAUCAAUGUAAUAUUUUAGAUUUAAUAUCAAAUCAUUAUUUUAGAGGUAAAUCAUUAUCAAAUUUAAAGAGAUAUAAAGAAGCAAUUUCCGAUUUUAAUUAUGUUAUUGAUAAUCAACCAAAUCAAGUUAAAGCAUUUAAAGAAAGAGCUGAAUGUUAUAAACAAUUAGGUGAUUUCAUUAGUUAUCAAAAAGAUUUAAAAGUUUACAAUGACCAUUUUAAUGAAAUAAAAAAAAGAAGACAAAAGAAUUUUAAUAAUUAUUUAGUAAAACAAAGAAAUAGAAAAAGAAAAGAAUAUUUACAAAACUUUUCUGAUAAUUAUGAUGAAGAAAUGGAAAAUGAUGAUGAUGAUGAUGAUUAUGAUGAUGAAGAUUAUUAUGACGAAGAUGAAGAACAAGAUGAAUAUCAAAAUAGUCGUUAUAAAAGAUAA